AUGCACUCACGUGUUGCUGCUGUGGAGGCACCCCGCACACACAACCGUUGCCGCGUGACCGGAUCCAGCGGAAGGAGGAGGGAAGGAAGAGAGAAUGAGCCGCAGAGGCCCAACAUGUCCCGGCAUCACUUCUAUUCUGCGGUGCCGCUCCUCCUCGUCGUUAUGAUGUGGAUGUGCUGCAACACCUGUGUUCCCGCAGCCGCUGAGGACAGCAAUUCAGGGGAUGUGCGGCUGCCGCAACGGGUCGGUCUCUUUUUGCCGCAGAAGACGUUGGUGCUGCCGAAAGAGGGGGCGGGUCCGGGUGAAUUGAAGGAUGCGUUUGCCUCACCCUCUAUUGUUGUUGCUGGAGAAGUAAUUGUUGCUAUUGCUGAGGGUGAGAAGAAGCAUAAUGAUCCGCAGCAUCCAGCCGCCAAAACCCCUGCGGUUGAUAUUGUUGCGGGGUACCUCAACGCUACGGAGCCGUGGCCGUCCAUGGUCGCCUAUAUCACCUCCAGUAAGUGGCAUGCACAAACCGUUUUUGCCAGAGAAACCCCAAAGGAUGGGUUGGGCAUGGCGA